AAGCCUCGCGGGCGGUGGCGCACGCUCAUUGGCUCCGUUCCCAGCUCAGUUGUGGAUUUCCUGCGCCGCUCCGCCAGACCCCGCCGCUCCGCGAGACCCCGCGCCCGUGUGUCGCGACCGCGCUUGCAGCGACCGGAGACAGUUUGAGCGCCCAGCCCGCCGCCGCAGGGCGAGAUGAAAGCGCCGGCCUCCCGAGCCGUCCGGACCCGCGAAUGCUCCUGGCAGCCCAAGCCGGCGCUUUUGCCCCCGAGGUGACGCGCAGCCCGCACCCGCCCAGACAGAUGGCUCCAGGCCAAGUGCCCCAGCCCCUCCCCUGGAGGGAUGCCCACUCCUUCUUCCUCCUGUCCCCGCUGAUGGGCCUUCUCAGCAGGGCCUGGAGCCGGCUGAGGGGCCCAGGACCUCUAAAGCCCUGGCUGGAGGACGCAGUAACGAGUGCAGAUCAGGGAGAAGCUUGCCUGGAGGAAGUGACUAAGGCUGCUUUGGCCACCCGCUAUGCCCCAUGGGGUGGGCACCCUCCGCGGGAGCCUGGAGACAGUGGAACAGCUGUGGAGGAUGGCGGGUCGUCCUGCCCUGACCGAGAGGCCCACAGUUCUCUUCCUGAAGCCUGGGGACUUUCAGAUGAUGAUGAAGAACAUGGUGGGGAAGAAGCAACCAGCAUCCCUAAAGAGCAAGGAAGUGACUAUAUCGGUGGCCAGCCUGCUCCCACGUCCGUCAGCCUUCUGAGAACCCUGCAAGGCCCUCCUGCGGAAGAGGAAGCUGAGGAAGGAGGAGUUGCUGAAGAUAAAGUGAUGACAUUCUUCUCUUUCCCUCCAUCACACUGGGAGCACUGUGCAGGGAUGGAGGAGGAGGAGGAGGAGGGAGAAGCUGUAAACAAAGUUCCCACAACAUCUACUCCCCCCUCAUCCCCAGGAUCCAAGCCCAGUGCUUGGGUGUGUGCUGCAGGGGAAGAAGAGGCUGGAGCUAAGGAGGAAGAAAGAACAGAGAAUGAAGACACCCGGAAGACCUCCAUUACCUCUUCAUCUGCAGGCUCCCGCCCCAGCGCCUGGGACUGUAAUUCAGGGGAGGAAUCUGAGGAAAAGGAUGGAAAGGCUGAGAAAGAAGCCGACCCAGAGCCACACUCCUCAGUUCUAAGCCAUGGGCCCCUGCUCAGGACCUGGCAGCAUCAACCCAAUAAGAUCACAGAGGAAGAUGAAGAGGAGGAGGAGGAGGACAAUGCUUCAGGGGAAGCUGAGGGUCUGUCAGCCAUCUCCACCACAAGUGCUUUCAUGAAGGCCUGGGUGUGUUGGCCAGGAGAGGACACAGCAGAGGAAGAUGAGGACUGUGAUUCAGGAGCAUCUGAGGAGGAGGGAGAAGCUGAGGGUCCCUCUUCCAUCCCCCCCACAAGUACCUUCUUGAGGGCCUGGGUGUACCGACCAGGAGAGGACACAGAGGAGGAAGAUGAGGACAGUGAUUCAGGAGCAUCUGAGGAGGAGGGAGAAGCUGAGGGUCCCUCUUCCAUCCCCCCCACAAGUACCUUCUUGAGGGCCUGGGUGUACCGACCAGGAGAGGACACAGAGGAGGAAGAUGAGGACAGUGAUUCAGGAGCAGCUGAGGAGGAGGGAGAAGCUGAGGGUCCCUCUUCCAUCCCCCCCACAAGUACCUUCUUGAGGGCCUGGGUGUACCGACCAGGAGAGGACACAGAGGAGGAAGAUGAGGACAGUGAUUCAGGAGCAGCUGAGGAGGAGGGAGAAGCUGAGGGUCCCUCUUCCAUCCCCCCCACAAGUACCUUCUUGAGGGCCUGGGUGUACCGACCAGGAGAGGAUACAGAGGAGGAAGAUGAGGACAGUGACUCAGGAGUAUCUGAGGAGGAGGGAGAAGCUGAGGGUCCCUCUUCCAUCCCCCCCACAAGUACCUUCUUGAGGGCCUGGGUGUACCGACCAGGAGAGGACACAGAGAAGGAAGAUGAGGACAGUGAUUCAGGAGCAGCUGAGGAGGAGGGAGAAGCUGAGGGUCCCUCUUCGAUUCCCCCCACAAGUACCUUCUUGAGGGCCUGGGUGUACCGGCCAGAAGAAGACACAGAGGAGGAAAAUGAGGAGAAUGAGGAUGAGAAAGAUGAUUCAGAGACAGCUGGCUCGGACCCAAGUUCUUCCCUUCAGGCCCAGAGUGCCCUCCUCAGGGACUGGACAUACCCACCUGGAGAGGAGACAGAGGGAGUGGGAGCUGCUGAGGAACGGGGAGAAGCUGAGCCCUUCCGAGUGGCCAUCUAUCUACCAGGAGAGAAGCCACCACCUCCCUGGCCUCUUCCUCGGCUGCCCCUCCGACUGCAAAGGCGGCUCAAGUCUGCAGGAACCCCCACCCAGCAUCCGGACCCCGAGACUCCCCAAAAGGCCAGAAAGGUGCACUUCUCUGAGAAGGUCUCCAUCCAUUUCCUGAUUGUCUGGGCUGGACCAGCCCAGGCUGCCCGAAGGGGCCCCUGGGAGCAGUUUGCCCGGGAUCGAAGCCGCUUUGCCCGCCGAAUUGCCCAGGCUGAGGAGAAACUGGGCCCCUGCCUCACCCCUGCUGCUCGGGCCAGGGCCUGGGCACGCCUCGGGGACCCUCCCCCUUCUCUGGCUGCCAUACCGGCCACGACCCAGACCUUGCCCACAUCCUGUGUCCAGGCCACACUCUUGAGCCAUACUGUGGCCUCUCCCUCCCCUCUUUAUGUGUCCGUGUCUCCUGCCUUAGACCUCAGUGGGAGGCGUGGCUAGGAUCCUGUGGAUUUUGUGUUAUUCACUAUUUAUUAUUUUACCAGUUGGUUUAAGAAAUAAAGUCUUCUGGUUUGUACUGAGCAAUGUCA